AUGGGGCGUAUUGUUGGCGGUUCCUUAGCUGCUAAGGGAUCGUGGCCGUGGCAGGGGUCUCUACGCCUUCUCUACUCCAACGGAGGUUCCGCCCACACUUGUGGUGCCACUCUGGUUGCUCCAAACUGGGCCGUCACAGCCGCACACUGUUUCGGGCAGUCAAGAGAUCCCAAUGGCUACAAAAUCCGUUUCGGAGAGCACGAUCAACGUUACUGGGAACGAACUGAAGAGGACCGCCGUGUGUCCAAACUGGUCAUGCACUCUCAAUAUAAUGUUCGUCCCCACGCCAACGAUAUCGCCAUGUUAAAACUGGACACUCCCGUCAAUAUGGCCAGCCCUUACGUCAACACCGCCUGCCUGCCGGACGCUAAUGAGGUCUUUGACAGCCAUGACACUUGCUUUGUCACUGGAUGGGGGAGCACACAGGGUAAUGGCAACUUGGAGG